AUGGUUUUUCAAAUUUUUUUUCAAAUUAACGCUCUCAAACUUUUCGCGCUUUUUCUGUUCGAUGUAAAUUUCGAUUUCUCCCAUAAUCUUGGUCAUUUUCAGGUGGUGGAAAUGUUUUGAAAUUGAAAAAAACGGGAAAAAUGUCGGGCAUCAACAACAACACGCUUUUCGGGUCAUUCCGCAUCGACCUCGACGAAAAAAACCAUCGAUCCGAAUGAAGUUUAUAAUAAAUUUCUUGGAAAUACGGACAUUUUUUUGACUUUGAUCUCAUUAUUAUUUUUUUAUAUUUGACAUCUGGAACAUUUUUCAUAAAAUUUUUUUGGCCAUUCGUCAAAAAAAUUUCUAGGAUUUUACCAUUUUAUAAUGGUUCACUGUCUCUAUUUCGGUCAAUUUUUUUCAUAUAAAAAUGAAUUUUUUUAUAAAAAAAUAUCCGUUUUUAUUCCAGUUCUCAUUCUGGAUCCUGAUCCUGGCGUUGACUUCGUUCCUCGCCUGGGGCGUUUUUCAUCGUUUUGUAUUUUUUUCGCGCGUCGUCGGAAUCUUUCUAACCUUCUUCCUUGAUAAGUAAGAAUGGAAAAGAAUUCUUCAAUGAAAUUAAAAUAAUAUUCCAGAUAUUUACGGCUCUCCAAAAAAAUGGUGUAUAUUUUUCGAAUCGGCGGGAUUUCCAUCUCGGGACUUCACGUCGGCAAGAUUAUGUUUAGAAAUGUGUGGUUUUUUUCUUAUUUUUUUGUUAAUUUUGCAAAAACUUGGGGACCUUCUGGGAGCUGUUACGACCGAUUUUUUUAAAAAAACAAAUUUGACUGAAUUUAUAUAAUUAUGUCAAAAAGCUUACUGAAUAGUUUAAAGAUGUAGAAAUGAUCGAAGAUCUUGCCAGGGCUUUUUUCGAUCCCAUACUAACGAAAUUAAAGGUGCACCCCGCAGUGAACCCCGAAAAAAUUAACUCUCUAACAGAAUUGCGGUGCACCCCGCAGUGUAACCAGGGGUGCACCCCGUUUGAGGUACUUCGUACAAGUUUUCGAAUUGGUUUAUUUCCCAAUAUUACCGUUUUCUACCGUCUCAGCUAUUACGGUAGCUCAAAAAAAAAUUUUUUUCCGAUCGGUGGCCCCAGGGGUGCACGCCAUUUAGGUCCGACGCGCGGUGCACCGCAAAAAUUGAAGAAAAGUUCACUUUUUCGGGGGUUCACUGCGGUUUACACCAUCAUUUUGUUAUAGUGUAACCGAAAAAAAGCCCUGGCACGAUAUUCUUAAAUUAAAGCGUCUUCAAAAUAUUCAGACAACUUUUUUUUCGACAGAAUUACAUAUUUCAAUCGAUUUUGAUCAUAGGAAUCGAUCUUAACAGCUCCCUGUUCUAAUAAAAAUGAAAGUGUACUCCGUAAUGAACCCCGAAAAAGGUGGACUUUUCGUUGAUGUUCACGGGGCACCUGGAUGGCGUGCACUCCCAGGACAAGCCGUCGGAAAUAGAAAUUUUUUUUGAGUUAUCGUAAAAACUUUGGAUGUAAGUUUAGGGAAUGGUUGUAUUGGAAAAUGAAUCAAUUCGAAAUUUUGUACGGAAUAAGGACCUUAAGAGGCAUCUGAAGUUAAACGGGGUGCACCCCUAAUUACACUUCGGGGUGCACCGCAACUUUUGUUGAAGCAAUCAUUUCAGCACCUCGCUGUGAACGAAUCCUCCUUGAAAAUCAAAACAAGGAUGUCAGAAACAAAAAAAUGCCAACAAAAUUCAGGUUGUAUAUGCAAAUAACGACUUCGUAGUGAAAAUCAACGACGGGUACUUUAUCUUCAAAUUUUGGAAGACGAUCAAAAGCCGCCGGUUGAAGCUGGACGAGUUUUCCGAAGUUUCUGAUUUCAAUCAUAAAUCAAUGAAUUCAGAAAACGAUCCCCGCGGCUUCUCGUCUCACUGAAUGGAUUCCAAAUCCACGUCUUCAACAACAUGGCCAAGUACAGUGAAAUCGCCCGAAUUUGUGGCGCCGAUUGGUUCUUCGCCAACACGGGUGUGGAUCCGAAACGGCCGCCAAAACCGCCAGAUUCGUUAGUUUUUGCAGACAUUUAUAAAAUUUUGAAUGUUAGGUUUGAAUUUUUUGUAUGAAAAUCGCAAUAUUAAUUUUUCAAAUUGGUUGUUAGAUGAAAAAAUGAAAAUGUAUACCUGAAAAAAGUAAGAAAAAGCCUUUUUGUGGUAUAAAAUUGAAGGGAAUUUGUUGAGAAUGCUGGAAAUUUUAUGGUUUUCAAGGUUUCAAGAGUUUGAGUUAUGUUUUUUUCAUUUUUUUAAUUGGUAGUUAGAUUUUUUUAAAAAAAGUGAUUAUCUUUUUGAAAAAAAUGAGAAAAAAAUGCGUUUUUUUGCGUAUAAAGUUGUAAGGACUUUUUAUAUUGGUUUCUCGGAUUUUUUUAAAAAAACUUCAGAUUCAAUUUCUGUGGCUAAUUGAAUAAAUUCUUCGUGUAUUGAUUUUUUUAAGUUAUCAAAUAUCUGAAAAAAAUGGAGUUAGGAUCUGUUGUAAGGCUCCUUUUUUCCUGGAUUGAAACUUAUGAUUUAAUUUUUCGGGUUUAUAAAUCUUUCACGUCAACUUUGAUGCAAAGAAGUUGAAGAUAUCCCUUUUUCCUAUAAUUUUUGCGAUUUCGAACUUUUUUUUAAUUUUUCAACUUCAGAACCCCACCAUCGGCUGUUUGGGAGAACGUCUGGAACUUGUUGGGAAUGCUGGAUCUGAGAAUAUCUUCCGGAUGGCUUUUGGCUGGAAAUCGACUCCUUCCCAACGCGUUGUGGCUUCGAUUGGAGAAUCUCAGUUGUUAGUGGGGGAAUAAAGGGUCUUUUUAAGAUUUUCUUGUACUUGGCUUUUAUUUUCAAGUUUCUAAUUGGAAUUUUAUUUUUCAAGUUAUUAUGUUCCAUUCGUUUUUAUGAAGAAAAAUAUAGCUCUCUAAGGAAUUCUAGAGUGGUCCCUAUAGGGGUUAGGGAGAAAAUUAGCCCCUGUAGGGGCUGAAAAAGUGCUCCCUAUAGGGGUUAAGGGUCUGGCCCCUUAGUCGCAGAAGCUUAAGUAGGCCCUAUAGGGGUUUUUCAACUUGAUUUAAAAACGCUUAUUUAUUUAUUUUUGCUUCUUCGCAUAGAGUACAUGAAAAUCAUCGACUGUAAUUUUCCCUAUAGGUGCCACUUUUGCAAGCUUUAGUGGCCUCUAGAGGGGUUGGUAAAGUGAUCCCUAGAGGGGAGCCAUGGAGGGUCUGGAUCUCCUAAGCUAGGUAGUAGUUUCAGACCUCACAACUUUGAAUAAAAUGAAACUUUAGAACUUUAAACAAUUUUUCAAUCCUUCAACUUGAGAUAAACUAGCUGUGGUAACUUCUAGAAGCUCCAAAACCCAAAAAAAAAUAAAAUUACUCUGAAAUAAAGACGAAAUGUGGAUUUUAAGGCAAAAUUGGGGUCUCGGAAUCGGCCAACGACCGCGCUCUACUCACUUGCGAAGGCGACACGGAAAGCGUCAGCAUCUCUUUGAUCAAAAAUGAAGAGUAUCAACAUGGAGAAAAUGAUAAGGUUUUUGAAUGGAGGAAUAGUUGAUUCAUGACAUUUUUCUGGAAUAUUAAAAGGUGUACAAAGUUUAGAGCUUUGAAAAAAUCUUUUUUGCAUCAGCGCCUUUAAAUUCCAUAGAAGGGUUCUGUGAAUGAAUUAUCUAUGUAUCAAUGUAAUUUUAUGUGAAAAAAAUUUUUAAGGAUCCCCCAGAACAACUGGAGAUACUGGAUUUCCAGUGCUACAAACGGCUUCCCUGCAAUUCGUUCUGGAACAGGAUAUAUUGGGUGGGUUUUUGGUUUUAAAAACAUAGGGAUUUAGAAGAAAAAUAUUCGAAAUUGUUAGUGCGGAACCUUGAAGUUCUCACCUAGGCAAAGGCCUUAAAAAUAAGAGCCUAAAGCUCCUUUUUGAGUUCCUAAAAGGGUGUUAAAAUUUUCCCGGAAUGUACUUUUUCCUUAUUUUUCAGAAAGGUGAUCUUUAAAUGGGCUUCUCAACAUCUUUUGAAGACCCUUUUUUCCGAAAGUUUGUUUUAAGAUUACUUACUUACUUACUUUACUGUUUUAAGAUUCUUCUGGACUUUUCCGGUGGGUGAACCUUGAAAUUCUUACCCAGGCAAAUUCCACACGGCCCAUAAAAAGGCCUCAAAAAGAAGAGCCUAAAGCUCCUUUUUGAGUCUCUCAGAGGGUGUAAAAAGUUCCUCGAAAUCUCUUUUUUCCCUUUUUCUCAGAAAGGUAAUCUUUAAAUGGGCUUCUCAACAUCUCUUUUAAGAUCCUUUUUCACCAAAAGCUUCUUCUAAAGUUCUUCUGGACUUUUCCCGUGGGUGAACCUUGAAAUUCUUACCCAGGCAAAGUCCACACGGCCUAAAAGGGCCUCAAAAAGGAGAGCCUGAAACUCCUUACUGAGUUCCUAAAAGGUGUAAAAAGUUUCUCGGAACCUCCUUUUUCACUUUUUUUGCAUCUUUCUUUUAUUUUUCCUUAAAAUGUCCAUUAUAAGAAAGUGGUUUGUAAGCAUUAAAGUUUUAUUAAAGUUUCUUUUCAUCAUCAUCAUCAAAUUUUUAAUUUCUUACACACAUGUACUAAAGCAAAAGCUUAAAGCUCUUUUUUUAGAUCCUAAAAUUGUUUCAAAAUGUUCUCGGAAUUCCCUUUUUCACGCCUUCUUUUUCUACACCUCUUUUAAAGGUUCUUUUUAGAAAAAAAGUCUUGAAAAAAUAUGCGCUUUUUUUGAGAUCUUUUGGACUUUGUCCGUGUCCCUAGGCAUAGUCCAAACGGCCUGAGAAAGGUCUCAAAAAGCAGAUAAAGCUCCUUUUUGAUCCCCUAAAAAGUUGUAAAGAGUUUUUCGGAAUCUUCUUUUUGACAUCUUUCUUCCGCCUCCUUCUUUUUUUUUUCUGAAAAGGGUAACAAAAAAAAGAGCCAUUGAGGCCCUUAGAAGAUCUUUUUUCCGUCAAAGAGUGUUUUAGGCUCUUCUGGACUUUGCCCAUGAACUGAAUUUUCAUCUUUCAGGUUACGUUGUCGACGAAGAACAACAGUCGAUCGAUGCAAAAGUCCCAAAAUGGUCGAGUGAAUGGAAAUUCCACAAUAACACUGUCAUUUCCUAUGGCCCAUGGGCUGAACAACAAAGGAUGCUCAUUUAUAACUUUUUCUUCCCGCCGGAUUAUCAGGUAGGAAGAGGAUUUUGAGGGAUUUGGAAGGGUGAAAUUUUGAAAGUUUGAGAAAAUUAGGGGUUAGGAGUUUUGAAACGGUAAAGUUAUUGAUUUUCCUUUGUUUUUUGAUGGAAUUUUUCUAUAGAUUUUGAAGUGAAAAUGCUCAAAAAAAGCUUCGUCAGAAAAAAAAAAUCAUUGCCUUGAUUAAAUUUUUAUAUUUUUGAAUAUUCAUUUUUUGGGUUUUUAUUUAUUUUUGUGCUUUUUUUGAAAAAUUAUCCGUAAAUGAUAUCUGAACGUGUUUUUCAGAACGCGAAAACGACGAAUUUGCCCAAACGAGGACAGAAAAGGAUCCAUGUCCGGCAUGAUGUUCGUAUCAUUUUUUCCAUGUUGUCGCCCAAAUAAAUUCAAUUUUCAUCACUGUGAUCUGUAUGCUUAUGUAAAAAUGAUGAUUUUUCCAGGCCAAGGUCAUAUUGAUGAAGGAAAGUUGCGUGGACCUUUGGUUUGAGCGCGGAGAACAGUUGGAGAGCAUCCGAACCCGUUGUGCGCCUGGCAGUUUUAUCGAUGUUGGUCUUUGAAAUUGAGGGUUGAAGUUCGAAAAAAAAGAAGGAAAAUGAAGACCUUGAAAGUAGGAAAAUAUACGAGCAGCUCCCAUGCAGAUGAGGCCCAAAAACACGGGUUUAACACAGGUAAACCCGUUGAGACACCUGGCCAGCAUGAUAGAGUGCUAUAGUCUGUGUACCACGACUUGAAAUUUCACCGAACGACAUUCUGCUGUUCCGCCGGGCGCCUUUGCGAAUCUCGGCCGCGGUUUCAAUUUUUUCUUUCAUUCAAAUACUCGUAGUGGAACAAUCCAUCUAUCAGUAAUAAAAAAAGUCUGAAAAGGCGACCUAGAUUCGCAAAGGCAAAGACGCUUCGCGACCGUACGCAGCGGAACGUCGUUCGGUGAACUUUCAAGUCGUGGCACACAGACUAUAACAAGAGAACGUUUUUUGGCCUUCAGUAGAACUAAACUUGAUAAAACUCGGCUGAAAUGCACUUUAGGACUGUCUAACUCUAAAAACAGGUAACAAAUUUCUCGCAAUUGAUUUUUUUCAUAGUAAUGAGCCUUCGAAAAUUGAAAAAAAUUAAAAAAAUUUUUUUAUUGUGAGAAUUUUUUUCUUGUGCGGGGGGUGAAAACGUUCCCUUGUAAGUAAAGUUUGUUCAAAAAUCGAAGUUGACGAUUGAAAGGUAUGGCAAAAACAGUAUAUAUACAAUCAAUUAUUUUACGGGUCUUUAACUGAAUAAAAAUUUUUUUGAAGUGAUGACCUCGAAAUAAAAAAAUUAUCACUGAAUCUCCAAAAAUUCAGUUAUUUUUUUCAUUCUUUUGGAAUUCGCGAAAUCAUUUUGAACACGUCGUCAAAUUUUCGAAAAAAACAAUCUCGAAAAAUAAAUUUAAUUUUUGAACCGGAAACAUCGAAGUUUUUGGAAAGAGUUUUCAGUAGGAAAAAUACUCAAAAGUUAAUUUAUACGGAUUUUUUUCUCUUGAAAAAAGAAUCUCUUUUCAAUUGAGAUGACUUUUUCGAGUUUCAGAGCAUUUUAGGAUUUUUCUCAACUAAUUUCCCAAUAUUUUUCAGUUUUCUGUUCUUUGGAUCGUCACGGACAACGGUUUCCAUUGGAACGUUCAUGCCGAAUUUUUGAAGUGCGUUUUGAAAAAAAAAUUAGCCGUAUGAUUUUUUUAAAAUCAGAUUAUGGAGCUAUUCUUGGAUUUUUGGGGUUCAAAGAGAUUCUCUACAUUGGCCUCAGUGAUUUCAAAGCGAUUUUUCCAGUUGAAAAAAAUUCGAAAAAUUGCAAAAAAAUACACGUUAUUUUAUCAAAAGAGCUUUUUUUCGAAAUAUAAUUUUUUUGCCAGGGUUGUUAUUAUUUUUUUCAAGUACUCUUGUUCAUUUAGAAUUUUUUUAAGGUUCAUUAUAAAAAUUUACAAAACAGUCUGAUAGUGUUGGAAAAAAAGUAGAGAAAAAUUAAUUAAAAUGGAAAUUUUUCUUCCUCAGAAUUGAAUCCACAACGUCUUUGCUGUUCACAAAGCUUCUGGAAAGCGAGAAAUUCGUCGUCAAGGGGUCUUUCGAAUAUCCAAAGGUUCAGGAAACACAGGAAAAGUCCAAACGACCUCAAAAAGGCCUUUAAAAGGAGUCUACAGCUCCUUUUUAAGUUCUUAAAAAGGAGUCAAAAGUUUCUCGGAAUUUCCUCUUUCCGCCUCCUUCUUUUUUACCUCCUUGAAAGGAGCUUUUGAGAAAAAAGGCGCCUUUAAAGGCAUAGGGGCAGUAAAAAAUGGGGUUUCAGGUGAAAGCAGUAUCUUAUAUAGUUUUUCUUUGCGAAUCGAAUGGUGUACUCAAAAAAAUUACAGGUGUGACAACUUUAGAAGAAAAACGCGAUUUUGCUUUCUUGCCUUUAAUUUUUUAAAAAAAGCUUUGGAUCGGUAUGCAGACAACUGAUUACAGUAGCCGUGCACGCGAUGUUGCGGACGUUCAUUAGACUCGCAUUUUGUGAGAAAUAACCGGCUAUCUGCUUGAAAUUAAGGGUUUCUUCUCUGAAAAAUCGAUUAAGAAAACAGAAAACACACAUUGAUAAUAAAGAAAACACAAAUAAUCGCUAUCCCAAUCGAAACCUGUGUAAAAUCAUCAUUUUUCACCAAAGAAGCAUUUUUGCAAUCAAAGUUUGCAAAUUAUACAUGAAUAGAAAGCUUUUGUGACGAAAAGAACUUUGGUGACAACAGAAAAAAUUGAAAAUUGAAAGAAACGAAGAAAAAAGCGAAAAUCCGGAAGAUGGCGAAGCCUGUUGUCCAUAGAGCAACUUUACUGCAAAGCGCCCUUUUCGCGGGAUCUCAAGAUUUCCUUUCUCCGACUUUGAAUUAUUUUUUCUCCGAAACUAGGAAGUUCGGUACGUUUUCAAGUUUACCGUUCGAUUCGCAAUGAAAAACUCUACAAAGUACUGAUUUGAACUGAAACAUCGUUUUUACUGCCCCCAUGCCUUUAAGGCCUAUUAGAGUGCUUUUUUUAAAGUUCUUUGAGGCCUUUUGGACUUUGUCCGUGAAUGAGAUACCUCAUGAACUGUCGAAUUUUCUAGGUCUUCAAUGCGGAACAAAAUUGGAAAAUUGAUUAUACUUUCUCGAAGGCGACCUGUUGGUUUGUCUGGGACCAUAAACGGUUUUUCACGGUGGGUUUGGGGAAAAAUGAGCUUUUAUUUGAGCUUUUGUAGAGAAUUUUUCAUGGGCAAAGUCGGAAAGGGUCGAAAAAGGUUCCGGAAAGGGUCGAAAAAGACUCCGGAAAGAGUCGAAAAAGGCUCCGGAAAGGGUCAAAAAAGGCUCCGGAAAGGGUCGAAAAAGGCUCCGGAAAGGGUCAAAAAAGGCAAAUUUCCUUUUAGGGUGACAAAGACUCCGUUUUUGCUCCCCUUUUUGCGCCAUUUCAUCGGCUAUUAUGCACCAUUUUUGCUGCCUCUCUCCUUUUCCACCAUUCCUCGAGCCUUUGAAACCUAGAAAAAAAAUGGAAGGCUCGGUAAAGAGACCCUUUUUGCUGCCUUCAUCAUUAUCAUUUCAUCAUUUAUUCAAUACGAAUAAUAAUACAGUUCAAGGGCCGAAAAGACCUCUAACAGAACCAAUUUUAAAAAAAAGGAAAUUUAAACAUUGAAAACAGCAACAAACCGUUUAAAAGUUAGAAGAUAUUUUAAGAAAGUCAGCGAGAAGAUGGGGGUUGUUUUCUAAAUAGAUUUUGAAUCGCAUAGAAUCGCCUUUCUGGCGCCUUUUUGAGGCCUUUUUGAGCCUCUCCCUUUUAGCGGCCAUUAUCCACCAUCCCGACUUUGCCCAAGUUGUAGUAUUUUUUUCGAGAUUAUUAGUUUUUUUAUUCCUCGCAACAAUAUUCAUCCAUUGAGCUCUCUUAAUUUUCAAAGUACCUGGAUUUAAAUUUUCAAAGAAUUUUUCUAUUGAUUUCACGAUCCUUUUCACUCAAAUUUUAAAUUUUCGAUUUUCAUCCCUCCUUUUUCAAAGCUAUAGCCGGUUCACGGCUUUGGGAGGGGGCGUGGCAUGUCUGCGCUCUCCACCAACCAGACACUAUCUCUUUCUUUUCGUGUCAGGACCUUUCUUUAAUGACCCAAGCCAGCUGUGAAGCAGCUAUCCAUCCUUUAUCCCUUUCAUUUUUAGGAUCUCAUCAAUGAUUGGGUGGGCGAUGAACCGGCAGAUAUAAUCAAGUUUAUCCCAUUCCGUGUACAUAACACCCUCAUUGUCAAAGACAGUUUUGAGGUAUUCAAUGAGAAGUUUUCGGAAGGAAAAAAUAUAUUCUUCAGAUUUUGUUGUUAUUGAAUGAGUGCAAUUGGGUAGAUCCGGCUGAUAAAAAUGCGGAAAACGUCGAGGCGGCCAUCGUUGGACAGGAAUUGAUUUUUGGUGAGAUUGGAAGUUUUGAAACGCGAAAAAUGAUAGAAAAUAAAAUGAAAAUCUUAGAAAAAAAAACGGCCUUUUAGGGUUUGGUAGCGAUUUUUGAGACUUAUGUGCGCUCUACGGAUAAUUUAAGUUUCGAAUGAUUUUUUGAAGAAUCGUGAGUUUUCUAUCUAACAAUUUUCAUCAGGAGCUGCAGGAAAAUUUCAUGUUUAUUCAAUUUUGAACGUUUUGAGUUUUAUUCGCGCUCUAUUGAUAACUCAAUCAUUCAAGAAUUUAUGAGGCCUUUUGUCGAACUUUUUGCCGGAACUGAAUUUUUGGCGAGGGGUUGAAUGGCGUUCGAAAAAAAUGACAGAAAAAUUGGGAACCUUUGAAAAAAAUGGCCUUUUUAGAGUUUGGGAGCGAUUUUCGAGACUUAUGUGUGCUCUACGAAUAAUCAAAGUUUUUAAUGAUUUUUUUUCAAGAGUCGGAAGUUUUCUAUCCAAUAUUUUUUCAACAGGAAGUGCAUGAAAAUUUCAUAUUUAUUCAAUUUUGAACUUUUUGAGUAUCAUUCGCGCUCUGUUGAUAACUCAAUAAGUCAAGAAUUUAUGACGCCUUUUGUCGAAUUUCUGCUGAAGUUUAUUUUUGCUAAGGGGUGGAAUGAAGUUUAGAAGCGCAAAGCAUAGCAAAAAUUUUAAAAUUUGAGUUUUUUCCAGUUAAAUGUCUUGAGAAAAAAAAUCGGCUGUUUUUAGUUCUGGAGCGAUUUCAGAGACUUAUGUGUGCUCUACGGAUUAUUGAAUUUUUCAAUUAUUUUUGCUCGGACGUGUCGGGGCAUUUUAGUGACCCCUUUAGUAGCGUGAGCCCUCUUAAGUGAUCCCUUAAGUUGCUCGAAAAAGGCGUCUCCGAUUUUCAUUGAGGAGUUGAAAUUUAUCCUCUCAACAUUUUUUUUUAUCAGUGGAGCGCACUAAAUCAAGGAAAUCGGCCAACUUGGCCUCACUAGUCAGUGAAGUUAAAUUUUUCUAUGGGAACUCGUGAUGAAUUCACUUUUUUCCAGUAUUUUUCAGAUUUUAGUGUUAUGUAUUCUCUAGCCUUUUCCAAAUUUAUUACAGCCUUUUCUAAACUUUUCCAAAAAUAGAACUACGCGCUACAAGAGAAAAAUUCAUAUUUAUUCAAUUUUUGAACGUUUUGAGUAUCAUUCGCGCUCUAUUGAUAAAUCAAUUAUUUAAGAAUUCGUGAUGCCUUUUGUCGAAUUUCUGCCGGAAUUCGUCCGUGUCAAGUAUUCGAUGCGCGCCAAAGGAGAACUGGCGAUGAGAAUGAAGUUUAUAACUCUGAAGAUAGUUUAUAUUUCGAAUUUACAGGUACCCACCGGAUUCUGCGACGGCGCCAAUGUUGGCGGCACUGGCAAGAUCGGCCAGAACCAGAUCUUUUGCCAAAAAAUCCAGCCAAGGAACUCAUUCUUGCAAUAAAGUGGGUGUGCAGGGAAGAGAAGAGAAUAAAAAUUCAAUCAAGGGUCAAAAUAGGCCUUACUGCUACUUGGAUUGUAGAAAAGAUCCGAGAAAGCUUAGAGCUUCUUUUCCACCCUUGUUGAAAGUUCUCAAUUCAAGAAACCAUUGUUGAUCAACAACAGCCCGUAGAUCAUCACGUUCUUUUUGAGAUAGUUGUAGACGAGUUUUAAGCGUUCCGACGAUCAGCUUUUCCCCCAAAAAAAAUGAAAAGUAGUAUGAGUACAAAAAUUGAGCCUUAACAGGGCUGAAAAUAGGCCUUCCAGAUACUAGGAUUGUAGAAAAGAUCCAAGAAAGCUUUCUUUUCCACCCUUGUUGAAAGUUCUCAAUUCAAGAAACCGUUGUUGAUCAACAACAGCCCGUAGAUCAUCACGUUUUUUUUGUUAAAGUUGUAGAAGAUUAUUGAGCGUCCCGGCGACCAGCUACUUCUCCAUGGAAAAUUAAUAGUAAAAAGUAGUAGGAGUCCAAAAAAUACACUGUCGUUGAUCAACAACAGCCCGUAGAUGAUCACGUUCUUUUUGUGAUAGUAGUUGAAAAGUAUUGAACGUUUCGAAGAUCAGCUGCUUCUCCAUGGAUAAUGAAAAAAGUAGUAUGGUUGCUAAACUUGAGCCUUAUCAGAGCUGAAAAAAGGUCUUCCAGAUACUUGGAUUGUAGGAAUGGUUCAGGAAAAGCUCAGAACCUUAUUCCCACAUUUGUUGAAAGUUCUCAGGUUUCACUCAGUUCAAGAGACUGUUUUUGAUCAACAACAACCCCUAAAUCAUCACGUUCUUUUUUUGGUAGUAUUAGAAGGUUUUGGAGCGUUCCGACGACCAGCUGCUCUUCUAUGGCAAAUAAAAAGUUUAAAAAAGGGUAGGAGUACAAAAAAUACACUGUCGUUGAUCAACAACAGUCCGUAGAUGAUCACGUUCUUUUUGUGGUAGUUGUAGAAGAUUAUUGAGCGUUCUGGUAAUCAGCUUCUACUUCAAGAAAAAGAAAGUGAAAAGUAUUAGGAUUAUAAAAGUACAGCUUCAUCAAGACUAAAAUUAAGCCUUCCAGCUGCUUGGUUUGUAAAAAGGGGUCAGAAAAAUCUUAGAACUUUAUUCCAUCCUUGUUAAAAAUUCCCAGCUUCCACUCAGUUCGAAAAACUGUCGUUGAUCAACCACAGCCCGUAGAUCAUCACGUUCUUUUUGAAUAGUGGAUGAAGUCCGCUUCCAUACCAAAAGAAGAAGCUUAUUAGAGUAGAACUUUUUUAGAAGUUGAGAAGGGAAGAUAAUUUUAACGUUGGUACCACUGGGAAUGGCUCGAAGAGGCCUAACUAGCGAAAGUUUCUAUCUUCUAUUGAAUCUCUGAUGAAACUUUGCUGAAAUGUACUUUCGGACCUUCUGAUUCCAGAACAAAAAAGAAUUUCCAUCUGUUUUUGACUUCAAAGUUUGUGAAUCAAGCAAUUUAUGCCAAAAAGAAAAGUUUUUUUUCAAACUCUUGAAGUGUCAUAACUCAAAAACCAGAUCUAUUGCGAGGGAUUUUCCCGUUCUGGAGUUACAAGAUUCUAAAGUACACCGUAUGAAAGUUUUAUCAUGUGAGGAUGAUCUUCAAGGUUCAAAAUUCUGUCUUGAACGCGGCGGGAACUUUUUUUAGCCAUUCUGAGUGCGACCAGAUAAUUUUCAUUUUAUCAGGCUCUUAGUUGAGAAUAGUACGGUGGCUUUCAGAGAUAAAUUUUCUUUUCUACAAAUAUUGAAUUUCGAACUAUUUCGAUACUAUUUUUUCCCCUCAGGACGAAUGGUUCGAAACGUGGAGGACGAAAAGCAUCAGCAUGAAAUUUGACCAUUCCUAUCACCCGAUUGUCGGAAAAAUCAAAUCUCAACUGCCAGAACAAGUCGAACGAGAGUUCCUACCCCCGAAACCUGACCAUCCGUGGAAGGUAGAAACUCCCUUUUCAACCUGUAGAAUCUCAAUUCCAGUGCGCCCCCGACCAACUCACCGUCGAUAUUUUCAUCGAUGGAAGCGAAAUGAAGUUCACUGGACUCUUGGUCAAACUCAUUUUGGAGCUCAAGAAUAACUAUUUCGGGUGGUAUGACUCGGUAAAGGGUACUCAAAGGGAAAAUUUGGAGUUUUUGAAUUUUAGAUGACCAAUAUCGACUCCUACCCGGAGGAUGUGACGAAGGUCAAGUCGGCUUUCAAUAGGGUGCCUCCAAACGCGAAUCCGGAGAAUUACCGACCGAUGGAUGUCGAUGUUAGUCGGGGAUAUUUGAAGGGAAAGACAAAAAAUGACAAAAAAGGCGGAUUUUUACACAGAAAGGUUGCUCCAGUGAUAAUGAUUAAUGAAAGAGCUUAUGAAUGGAGAAAAAGGAAGUGUGCUCCAUUGAUAAUGAGAUGGGAAGAGGAUUAAAGAGAAUAAUUUUACCAAAAUGUCGUUUUACUUAGGAUCUCCAGAGUGGUACUUAUAGGGGCAAGGGCCCUUGGAGAAUCCCUGUAGUGGCUUUAGUUAGUGACCUUUAUAGGGGACAUGCUAAUCGACAUUUUUUAUGCACAGAAGCAUUUCCAAGCGAAAAAUAAAAAGUAAGCGUUUUUAAAUGAAACUGAAAGACCUUUAAAGGGACCACUUGACUUUAGGGCUAAGGAGUCAGAUCUAAAACCAUAAAGACAACCUUGAUUUUAUUUUUAUAGGGACCACUUUUUCGACCCCCAUAAGCGCUGUUUUCCCCCGAACCCCUAUAGGGACCACUCUGGAAUUCUCCCUGAGUAAUUAUUUUAUGGAAGGAUUCUGCUGCCUUGAUGGUUCUCAUGAAUAGUUAGAAUGAAAAAAAAAACCUUUUUUGGAGAAAUAAGUGAAAGAAUCCCUGAGAGCUUUUUUUGAGAGGAAAUGUUGCUCCAUUGAUAAAAAUUUUUUUUUUUACUAUAGGUUAGCGUUCGAGUUUGCAAUACACGGGCUUUGAUGUUGGUUUAUUCGCCGGCAAUGGAUGCUUCUCAAGGUUGGAAAGAGUUGAAAAUAAAAAAAAUAAAAAAAUGAUUGUUAGAAAAUUGUCCGGUCGUCCUCGCUGAGGAAAUCGUUGUCGAGGUGAAAAAGUCGACGACUCAGUCCUUGAUUCAGGUAUAUAAAGAUUUGAGCCGCAUUUGGAAUGGCUCAGUGCGUCGCGGUCGCGUUGCGGUUUCCAGCGCAAGUCGUUUCAAGUCGGGCGCUUUGAGCCAUUCUCAUCAUGACGAAGCUGGAAAAAUGAGAAAAGUGACAAAAUAAGUCUGUAGGUUGGAACCUCGCCAAUUGCGGCUUAUUUCGAUUCGGCGGCGGCGGAUCGACCUGCUGGAUGUUUGACGCUUUCCGGAGUGCAGUUUAGGUGAUUUGAAGUCCCAAAUCUAGAGUUUAGGUCCGUUUUUUCAGAGGCCAAGCCAUGUAUUCUUCGAAAGACGUCGCCUGGGACAUGGGCCUCAUCGAGUACGGCUGGCUGAUGGAAGUUCUCGUCGGAGAUCUGGCUGGAACCCUCGAUUUUCCCCAUCAUGUAGGGUGGAUCAUUAGGAACAUGGCUUCUAGCAGGAUCGAGUCCGGUCCAGGGCGAUAUCUUUUUUGCCAUUUUUCUCCCAUGUUUAAUAGAAUCCAGAAAGAUCAAUGAGCGUCUUUUUAGUAGUUUUAAGGGGAAAAGCUAUUUUCCGCGUUUUUUUGAAGAAGAAUAGGGGUUGAGUUCCUGGGAAAAAAGAAAUGCUUUUUUGAGCUUCUCCUGAAGUAGCUGCAAACUAGAGGACAUUUUUUCGAGAUUCUAUAGUCUGUUCAGAUUUUAAAUGUCAAGUGCAAUGACGUCAUUCAAAACACUCUGUGCAUGGCUCGCUCUCUGAUUGGUUUAUCGCAUCGUUAGGGGCGGAGCUUGAGCGACUACUUGAUAUUCAAAAUCUGAACAGGCUGUAGUGUUUUUUCUUGAAGAUUAUGUCCAUUUUUCGAUUUCCAAGCCUGUUUUCCAACAGUUUCCCUGAGUAAAAUGGAAAAAAUGAAGGAUUUCCAGCUGAUGGCCCUUCACCAAAUCGUCGAAACGAUCCUCAUUCUCGCCCUUUCUCCCGACGACGAGAAAAUCGUCCCGGUCCGAAUGCAAUUCUGCCAACAUGGACAACUCAGUCGGGCCUGCACGAUGAGCAAGACGAUCGGUGGCACCUGCGAGACUGAAGAAAGGUCCCGCCAAGACCUCUUCGUCGGAAAAAAUUCAGAUUUUUUAGACAGAAAUAUCGGCAACUCCGCGUCGCUGUCGAUUCGGUGCACUUGAGCUUGGGCGAGGAUAAAACGCUCUUUGAUGUGAAUUUUUCUGUGAUCUUUUUUUGCUUUGUUUUCCAUGGAAGUAUUGAAAAUUAAAAAUUUGGCUAGGUUAAGAUAUAUAAGACUUUGGACCAUACAUGGGCUAGUGAAGAACUCAAUAAGUCUGCGAGGAGGAGUUGAUUUUAAAAAAAAUCGAGGGUAAAGUCAAAUUUUAGCCUCGAACCAAUGUUAAAGUUAGUUUUGAAAUCAGGUAGAUUGAAUUUUUUUUAAUUUGAGAAGAUUUGGAAGGAGGUCAUGACGGUCUGCCUAUAUGAGCUUUGGAUGUUAGGAAGGAAUUUUGGGUCCGCAAAUAUUCGUGAAAGUGAAUUGUGCAUACACCAAUCUUGGAAAACGAUCCUUGGAAAUAUUCACCUCUUUUUUGUCUUUUUAUGAAUUUUCCAAUGUCUUUGUAAACAGAAGUUGAUGGAGAAUUCAUAAAAAAGAAUUAAAAAUAAGAUAGUCGUCCUGAAGCAAAUCUUCGACGGCGUGUAAAGACGCAUUAUUGGAUAAAAAAUGAGUUGAAAAAAAUAAUACUGCUUUUUUUAUUUGCGGUCGAAACACGACAUCUUCACAAUAAAAACGAUGAAGAAAAAAAAAGAACAAAUAAAUAGAGAAAAAAAUCAAAAAAAGAAGUGAAUAUUCCCAAGAAUAGUUUUUCAAGGUUCGAGCCCUCAAGAUUGGUGUAUGCACAAUACACGCUCACGAUUAUUCGCGGACUCAAAGUUCAUUUCUACCAAUAUGCUUUGGACGAGAAUAAGACAACAAGAGGCUAGAAACAAAUACAGGGAAAAAAUUCCGUUUUAGAAUAGUUUUCAAAGUUUUAAGGGUAUUUUUCAACAGGAUGAACCCUCUUUUUAAUAAACUUUUGUUCAAGAGCCUAAAAAAUAUAUUAAAUUGACUUCAUAGGAAAAUUGGAAGGGCUCCGGUUUUGAUAACGUUAAAAGGCGCUAUAGUCCAUCCGCCGUGACUUUAAAGAUUUCGAGUGUCUGAGCCUCUCUGUUCCCUCACCUGCAAGUCAUAGAAACGCGGAAUAGCGCGUCAACUAGAGAGAGUCGUCGAGAAACCAGGAGGGCGCAGAGAAGUCCUGCCCUUUCAAGUCGCGAAAAAUGGACUAUAUACCGUUUUUUUAAAGCUGAUCGAUUGAAAUGUUAAUUUCAGGUCACAAUUGACCCGAUGCGUUUCACCCUUUGCAACGCCCACGAAUCCAAGUUCACUGAACAUCUUUGCUUGAGAUUACCCAAAAUUUCGGUACGCCAAGGUUGGUUUUUUGAGUUUCUACAUACCCUUGGGUUCAUUUUCAUCUAGAAGUUUUAGAAAAAAAAUAAAUUUUCCAAAGAUUGAAGGUAAAAUAAUUGGUUUUUCCAGCCUAUCUGAUGAACGAGAAGACGGAGAGAAACAGAUGGAUCCAGUGUGCCAGUGUCGAAAUUGCUGGAGUUUCCUUGGAUGUUGAAGUUUGCAGUUGAUUUGAAAAAUAUUAUUCAAGCUUUUGGGAUUUUCUAGCUCCCACCUGAGUCUGGAGACCGCCCGGAUCAUGAAAAAGUACGAAAAGAGUUCGUCUGUGGCCAUGAUGAGGCGUCGAAAAGGUUCGGUUUGAUAGGAAAUCUAGGGCAAAGUCGGAAGGGUGGAUAAUGGCUCAAAAAAGGCUGCAAAGAGGCAGCAAAAAGAGUCCCUUUUUCACCCUAAAAGGAAAAUUUCUAUGGGGGCCUUUUUCUAUUCUUUCCGACUUUGCCUAUGGUACGGAUUUGGUGAUAAUCGAGAUCUCAUUCGAUUUCAGACAGUCUAUAGCUCGAUUUAUGGAAAAAACUUUGUAGGGUAGAUUUUUCGCCAAUUUUGAACUUUAAAAGGGAAAAAGCUAUGUACAAAACAGUCAUUAAAGAAACGAAAAAACGCAGUUUCGGACACAACUUUUUUGUAAGGAAUUCAAUAUUUCUGGAACUUUCAGGAGUUUCUCUUGUUGUUGAUCUUAACACUCUGAGAAAGUUUCAGUUCACCGAAAAAAAAAACGAAGCUUUGAAAACUAUCAGAAGCUAUGACCAAAAUCGUUUUUUUUUCGUACCUUUUUUGACAGUACCGUGCACGGGCAAAGUCCAAAAGGUCUAAAAAAAAGGACUUUUGGAAACUUGCCUUAAAAGGCCUCAAAAGCACCUUUUUCUCAGAAGGAACUUUCAAGGAGGUGUAAAAAAGAAGGCGGGAAAAAGUUGGAAAAAAGGAGAUUCCGAGAGACUUUUGACACCUUUUUAGGAACUCAAAAAGGAAUUUUAGCCUCUUCUUUUUAACACACGUUCUCUGAGGGAAUCGAUGAAACCCGACUUUUCCAAAAGAGCAAAUAAAAAUUAGGGCCCACGGGGGUCUUUUCUUCAGAAAACAUUGAAAAUUGGAAAAAAUCGCCGAUUUUGUUCAAAAAAUGAAUUUUUUCCAAUGUCCGAAAAUAUCUUAAAAUAAAGUUGUCAACACGAAAAAUACUGUGUUCUUUAAGUUGCACUACUUUCUGAGCUACUAGAAAUACUAGGAAAAAAAAAUUAGAUUUCUACGGUGACUUUUCCACUCCAAAAAAGGGGCGGAGCCUCACAAAAGUUGUAUCGAAAGUUUUAUAAUUUUACAAAGCGUCUAUGAUGAAGUUCCGAGCAACCAGAAAAAUAAAAAAUUUUCUCAGAAAACGUGUGUUAAGGCCUUUUUUUUUUAGCUCGUUUAGACUUUGCCAGUGUACUAGAAAAAUUGGACCGAAAUUGUCUUUAUUUGUAUCAUUUCUGACAGUACCGUAUAUGCAUCUUUUCAACUUUCAGACUGCACUUCUUGUGGGAGAAACAGACGGUUUGGGGCUGCGCCUGCUACGGAAACACCUUUUUCUUCGGUUCCAACGAUUCAAUGUUCAAUUAUCAAAAAUUACCCCAAUAUAAUCCGAAUUUAGUGGCUCCAUAUUCCUUGACUGCGCCCCUGGUUCGAAGCUUUUCGUUCCAGGAAUCGAAAAAGACCCCAAAAGUCAGCCCAAAGUUCUGCAGAGCGUCUUGAACAAAGAGUCGAGGUGAUUUUUUGGAAGAAUUUAACGUUUCCAGUAGAGAAUUUGAGUGGAAUCACUUUUAGAAAAGAAUUCAAGAAUUGAAAAAAAAAAAUCGGAUUUUAGCAUGCUCCUCGGCCAAUCACACAAUUUCUACAAGCAAACACGGGCGGUCAGUUUUCAACGGGGGUCCUGGAAAUUAUAUGGUUUUUUCCAGAAGGAACAGGCUUACAUGGCGCAGAGAAGGUCGUCAGAAGAUACGACCUCGUUUCAUUCGGCUUUUUCUCAACAACUUGUGCGAUUUUUAGUUUUUAGCAUACGUCGGCUGGAUCUCACCCUGGGGUGCGGUCCCCCCUUCGGAAAGUCUUGACUACUCCUUCCCCCAAAGUCUUGGGUCAGUUUUUCAAAGGGGUUGUACGAAGGUCGUCAGAAGACACGACCUCGUCCCCCUUUCAAAAAGUCUUGACUAUUCCCCCUCCAAAAAGACUUGACUACCCCCAAAAAGUCUUGACUAUUCCCCGCCCCCCAAAAAGUCUUGACUAUUCCCCCUUUCAAAAAGUCUUGACUAUUCCCCCUCCAAAAGUCUUGACUACCCCCCAAAAAGUCUUGACUAUUCCCCCUCCAAAAAGUCUUGACUACCCCCCAAAAAAGUCUUGACUAUCCCACCCCCCGAAAAGUUGACUACUCCCCCUUUUUCCUAGUUUUUUUUGAGAAAUAUACCUAGUUGCAGUAAUACUACAGCACCAUAGUACUCCAAGUUACAGUAAUACUACAAUACCACAGUACUCCCAGCUACAGUAAUACUCAUGCUACAUUUGAAAUUGCGAGUAGGACUGUGAUUAUCAUUACUGUAAUGGGUAGUACUGUAACUGGUAGUAAUGUAGCGAAGAAAUCGUGCUGCUGUAGUACUGUAGCACUGUGGUGCUACUUUAAUAGGCACUACUGAGCAGAACUGUAGUUUUACUGUUGCUAGUAUUAUCGUAGCUUGGAGUACUGUAGUUUUACUGUAGCUUGGAUUACUGUAGUUUUUACCAGCCUUCAAAUCGGCCAAGCUUGCCCACAGCUCUGCUUUUCCGGUCCAACAAUGAGUGUUAUGGCCAAUCUUCGAGAAAUUCCCCCUUGACCCGUUUUCUGAAAUAAUUUUUGCAGUAUGGAACACGGUUGACGAAUUCCAAUGAACUGAUGACCACAUAUGGGGAAUUCAUCCACAAUUUGACAAUUUAUCCAACGGGUCAGUUUGAAUAAUCAGCUCAUUUUCAAUCACUCGGGUUUGCAGAACCCAUCAUGCCGCCGUACUUCAGUCAACCUGGCGCCAUCGAAAGCUGGUGCAAGGCUCAUCAACCGCCGGAUUUUAUCCUUGUGAGGAGUUUCAGAGAAUAGUUUACUGCAGAAUUUGAUUGAGAAUGAGAAAAAAAAACCAGAAAGAAGGCAAAAAAUAGGCCCUUGACAGGAAUCGAACUGGGACCUUUUUGACGGUAGUUAGGCUUGAAAUUAUUAUGUUCUUGUUUUUUUCUUGCUUAUUUUGUUUCGAAGAAGCCUGAGAUCCUUGGAAGUUCAGAUAGAAAGAAUAAUCUUCCCAAAUAGAAUUCGAAUCUGUGACUCCGUGUAAGAGGGAAAAGCACAAGAAUUUUCGGCAAAAAUUUAAUUUUACUGGACCGGAUUUGAACCUGUGACUCAUUGAGUCAGAAUCGAACUUUUAGAACUGGAAAAAUUCCUUGUCUCUACCAAUUUUUUUGUCGCUAAUUUACACUGGUUUGAAAAAAACGUUCGAUUCCAGGACCAAGAAAAGCAAGGAGUGAAUGAAGUCCACUUGACAGCCAAAAACAAGGCUCCCAGCGCCAGGAUCAGCUCGCCGGCUGUUCGGAAGAGUCAGGUAAAGCAAAAUGCUUCAAAAAAUUGGCGCUUGAAUAUUUUUCGAGUCUUCAUAGAGUAAAGAGAACUGAAUAACUGUAAAUAGGCGGCAUUUUUUCGUCAAAAGAGGAAUUGUCUCAGAAUCAAAAAAAAAAGAAGAAGUAGAAAAAAAUACAAAUUAGUAGAAGGAUGAACCGAAUGAAACCUAUGAAAUAGCCUCGAAAAAUAUCGGGAGCUUUCAAAUUAUUAAUUUUGUUGUUUUACUUAUAUAUGUAGGCGAUGAACAAGAACUUUUGAAGUUAUAACGAAUCCCCGCCCUUGGCGAACUAGAUGUCCAAACGUGUAGUUGAUCAAGUUGAAAGCAUGGUCUUACGAUCAAUCGCCUCGUUCUUCUGCGCCUAAUUCGUCUCGUUGAACCUUGAUAAGCUCAGAAUGUAGCGAAUGUUGUGCUUGAGCCCGGAGAACGUACUCUAGGUGGAAGCCUCGAAAUGAAAGCGGCCACAUCGAGUCAAUUUCAAUUCAAGAGCUCAAAAUGAGUCGUAAAUGAUAGCCCUCUUGAUAUAUCGAAUGAAGGGCGUGAAGCGGCCGAUCCGAAUAGCGUCCGACCAAAAACGACUUGCGCUUCUGGGCAUUGGAAAGUAUUGUACCAAGUUUCUGCCAUUCCACACGGGUCGCUCUUCAGAAUUUUCAAAUAGUCUCACUUUUAAAACAGUAAGAAAGUACAAAAUAGAGUGUGACACUAUCUGAAACCGAAUAGAAUCCAUAAAAUAGCCUCGAAAAAUAGCGAGAGCUUGAAAUGUUGUUUUCAAAUGAGCCGUUUGAAGAAGAGCCUUGCUCAGCGUUUUUUUUACAUAAGGAAUGAUAGUUCAAAAUUGGAUCAACUUGUAAAAUGAGCCACGGAAAACAGCUUAAGUUCAACUCAAGAGCUCAAAAUGAGUCGUAAAUGAUGGCCCUCUUGAUAUUGACUUUUGUGCUCUACGGAUAACUUUUUCAUUUAUCUUGAUAUAUCGAAUGAAGGGCGUGAAGCGGCCGAUCCGAAUAGCGUCCGACCAAAAAUGACUUGCGCUUGUGCGCAUAGCAAAGUAUUAUACCAAGUUUCAACCAUUCCAUAUGGGUGUCCUUUCAGAGAUUUCAGAUAGUCUCACUUUUAAAACAGUAUGAAAGUACAAAAUAGAGUUUGGCACUAUCUGAAACAUAAUUAAAUCCAUAAAAUAGCCUCGAAAAAUAGCGGAAGCUUGAAAUGUUGUUUUUUAAACGAGCCGUUUGUAAAAGAGCCUUGCACAGCGUUUUUUACAGAAAAAGUGAUACAUUGAAAUUGAAUCAACUCGAAAAAUGAGCCGCGGAAAACAGCUUAAGUUCAAUUCAAGAUCUCAAAAUGAGUCGUAAAUGAGAGCCCUCUUGAUAUUGAAUUUUGUGCUCUACGGCGAAAUUUCUUAUUUAUCUUGAUAUAUCGGAUGAUUGGCGUGUAGCGGCUGGUUAAAAUAGCGCCCGACCAAAAACGACUUGGGCUUGUGCGCAUAGCAAAGUAUUAUACCAAGUUUCAACCAUUCCACAUGGGUCUCCUUUUAGAGAUUUCAGAUAGUCCCACAGUCUACUUUUAGAAAGGUAAGGAAGUAUAAAAUAGAGUGUGACAUUAUCUGAAACAGAGUUAAAUCCAUAAAAUAGCCUCGAAAAAUAGCGAGAGCUUGAAAUGUUGUUUUUAAAUGAGCCGUUUGAAGAAAAGCCUCCUUCAGCGUUUUUUGCAGACAUUUUGACAGUGAGAAAUUCAAUUUCCUUGUAAAAAUCGCCAUGACAAGAAGCUACAGUUUGAAGAUGGCAGCCGUUUUGAGAUUGACUUUUGUGCUCUACUGAUAACUUUCUUAUCUUGAUAUAUUGAAUGAAUGGCGGUUAGCGGCUGAUUCAAAUAACGCCCGACCAGAAACGACUUGCGCUUUUGGCUAUUGAAAAAGUCAAGUUUACUUAAUUCCAUGCGCGUCUUCAAGAUUACUAGAAUGAACCGUGGGGAGAAAUAAAUCUCAUUUUUUCAGCCCAACGACACGCAGGAAGAGUUUGAAAGUCCGAAUGUUAGGACCAAAUCUCCGCACCAGCUCCACAAACAACGAAGAGUUUCCGUGAAUGGAGUCGCAGCUUCUUCUGUCAAUGUUCGUGAAGAAGUAUUCCUGGAAAAAUCACCCCGAUUUUACUUGGGGACAACGUUCAGUGAGGAUGACUGUUAGAGCAUUUGUCUCAUAAGAAAAAAAGACUGAAUAGUCCAGAUUUUUUUUCUGAGGGUGCAAGAACAACCUUAUCAAAUUCUCAGCUUUCCUGCGUUGGCUUCAGAUUUUUUGGAUGGAUAGUCUGGAAAGUCGCAUUUUCUAGAUUUUCUUCUCCCCACUGGCCUUGGAAGCUUGUGAACGGCUGCUGACGACCACAACAAAUGCGAUUUCCGGAACGAAUCCCUGUCUUCUCGUUCAAAUGUGCUACCGGGACUGUGUCCUCCGAAAACAUCGACAACCGCUCAUUGAGCCACUUUUUAGUGAUGGUGGGUUGUAGCAAGGCUACGGCUCCAAAUUGAAAAAAGCUCUAAAGACAUAGCACACCUUUAAGGAAUUACGAUAAGACUCACCUUAAGAAAACAUGCUGGAAAAAAAAAAAAUCAAGUUCCUCGAACGUCAUUUGCGCUCUAUAGAUAAACAUUAUGCUUACGGAUUCCAAAGUGGUCCCUAUAGAGGUUAAGGGGGAAAAACCAGCCCUAUGGAGGCCGAAAAAGUGGCCCCUAUAGGGGUAAAAUUAAGGUGGACCCUAUAGGGGUAAAAUUAAGGUGGACCUUAUAGGGGUUCAGGUAGCACGUAGCCCCUAAAGCUCAAGUGGUCCCUAUAGGGGCCUCUCAAUUUCAUUCAAAAAAGGUCAAUUUUUUAGUUUUUGCAUGGAAACGCUUCUUCGCUUUGAAUUCAGUUAAGAAAGAAAAAUAUCGACUAACAUGUCCCCUAUAGAGGCCACUAACUAAAACCACUAUAAGGACCACUUCUGAAAGCUUUAAUGGCCCCUAUAGGGGUUGGCAAUGGUCUUUAUAGGGGACCCUCCAAGGGUCCCUAAGGUUGUCCCUAAAUGGACCACUCUAGAGUUCCUAAGUAGGUUCUCUUAUUACUCUGUUUUUCAUAACGAAAAUCGAGCCUCCCCCGCCCUCACAAAAGUUUCUAAACAACUCAAUUUUUAAAAAUUUAUUCAAAUUCAACCUUACGAAAAAAAAAUUGAUAGUCAUGAUGAAUUUUGAAAGGUAGCUAGUUAUCCUGUUGAACGAUAGACACAAGAAUCAGUUUUUCAGAAAGAAAAUUCCUUUUUUUCUUUCCAGACGAAACGCCCACAGAGCUUGACAUCGCCGUUGACUUGCCUCAGAUCCGAAUGGGACUUUUCCAAUGUGGAUUCAGAAAACAUUUGUCGACGAAUAUGGUCAACGACGAGACGAUCACCGCCAAUUUGGCCCUUGUUCUUGUUGACAGGUGAGAAAUCGCCUCGAAGCGUCAUCGAAAAGCCCAACUUUAGAGCUUGGAUCCUAUCAAAAACGGUGGCCACAACGGAAAUGCCGACGACGAUGUAUCAGCUAAAUUUCAACGUCCUGACAGCCCAGUUGUUGCAGGUCCGGAGGAAAAAUCCUGAAAAGUUUCUGAAUCACUCAAAAAUCAUGCCUCAACUCUAAGCUUUUUGAUGCUAAUGAGCCAAGUCGUUUCUGGUCGGACGCACUUAAAUGAGUAGAAAUUUAAAAUGGGACUGCCGUGCUUCAAGUAGUAUCAUUUCAAGCACAUGAUAUUCUAUUAAAAUUCAAAAUUAUUGAAGUUUAUGGGGGGUUUUUUUUUCUGAUUUGAUUACUUACUGAUUUUUCGAGUGAUUUUUGGGAUUUGAAAGGAUCUAGGCGUCUUUGGCAGGCGCCCUCAGCCAUUUCAAAUGCGGACAGAUUUUUUAUAUUUUUCAAAAAGUCGAUCAUCAUCUCUGUUUACAGGGAGAUGAAAAUUUACGCAAGUCUAACUGAUUUUAAAAUUUUUGGUCGCAUUUGAAAUGGCUUGAAGUUUAGCGACCGCGCUGCAUCUCUUAAGGCUUGAUCUCAUUUUUUUUUUUGGUCGCAUUUGCAAUGGCUAACGUUUAGCGGCCGCACUGCGUCUCUUAAGGCUUAGUCCUAAAAUUUUUGGUCGCAUUUGAAAUGGCUUGAAGUUUAGCGGCCGCGCUGCAUCUCUUAAGGCUUGAUCUCAUUUUUUUUUUGGUCGCAUUUGGAAUGGCUCCACGUGGAGCCGCCAUGCUGCGUCUCUUAAGGCUUAGUCCCAAAAUUUUAUGGUCGCAUUUGGAAUGGCUCAAAGUUUAGCCAUCACGUUGCGUCUUUAAAGGCUUAGUUCCAAAUUGUUAUGGUCGCGUUUGGAAUGGCUCCACGUGGAGUUUAGCGAUCGCGCUGCGUCUCUUAAGGCUUUAUCCAAAUGAGCAAGAUCUACUACUUUCAAGUAUUGACCUAAAAUGAGAAACAAGCCCGCAAUUGAAAUGAAUUCUGAAUUUUUCAGCUGACAAGAAGAGACGGCCCAGAUUUUUCCGGUCAUGGAUCCGUGACGACCUGUGUCAAUUGGGAUAGUUGUGCGAUUGCUAGCAGGUUUAUUUCUGAAUCUCUGGAGCUUUUUAAAUUAUUUUCUGAUUCACAGAAUGAAAAAUUGCGAGCCGAGGGUCGUUUUGGACUUUAACGUCCCGGACGUAUCUAUUUUGCUGGAAAGGAAAGCUGUUCUUGUGGUUUUUUGUGUCUCUUUCAUUGAUUUUAUAACAUUUUGCUCAGCAAGCCCACGCUCGUCCACUAGCCACCACGCCGGUUCAAACACCGACCACGCCAGUGAAUCUGAACUCUCCCGCCGAAAAACCGUCACGACUUUCUGCCGUUUUCGGUGGCGCUUCUGCGGAGAAAGCGGCGGAAAAAGUGCAGCCGCCGUCGACGCCAACGCCUCAAGCGUCUCAGAAAAAGGCUCCGCUUAGGGUCUUGCGACUGUCGCAUGAACAUGUCGUUAGGGUGAGGAGUGAAAAUCGAUAAAAGACAAAUUUUGAAGCAGUGGUGGAGAAAUGGAACCUUUAAAGGGGGCGAUAUUCAACAUAUGUGAGGGGUUAUACUGUUAUAUACCCACCCCCGUUUUCAUUUCAAAGCCGACGUAGGUUAUUAUUCCCAUCUUCAUAAAUCGCUGACUAGGGAGCCAGGGCCCGAAACCGCAACGCCAAAAAACGCCAUUGGAAGAGAAUAGAACGCGGAAAAGUUUGAAUCUUCUAAAAUGGCGGGCACAGUGCGCCCGGGAGUGCCCCUCCAUUCUACUACCUCUAUUUUGAAGUAUUAGAUAGAAAAGUGAAAAGAUGGUUGUGUGAAAUUCUACGGAACAGUCGGUCUUCUUUAAUGAUCACUUUAAAGAAAACUACUAGAGUGACCACUUAUGUCUACUGAUUGCUUAAGGGAGAUCGACCCCUCCGUUUGUUUAGAGUUAUAAAGCCGAUUCACGGCCAGCUUGAGGCUCAAAAGGGCGUGGCCUGUCUGCGCUCUCCACCUGUUAGGCACUGUCUCGUGCAUUAUCGUGUCAGGACCCUUUUUUCGAUAGGUCAAGCCAGUCGUGGUCAGCUAUAGUUGAAACGAAUAAAAGUUCUCAAAGUGCUUUUCAGCGUCGUUUGCAAUGAAAUGUACGGUUUCGACUAGUUUUGGUGAUUUUCUGAGCUUCAACUCGCAUAUCUAUUCCUAAGUUUGUCCUAAAAAGCCCUAAGACAGAAUAAUAGGAAAGAACUGAUAAGGAAUGCCGAGGGAAGCCUGACCUUGCGCGAUAUAAAAGAAAAAAGUGCUUCGAAAGUAAUUCUCCGCGCAUUCUUGAAAGGAUAUUUUAAGUUAGGACUUUUUCAAAAACCCAGGAUGAAGCAAAAAAACACGAUUACCUAUUUUUGAGAUAAAAAAUUGAGAAAUUUUUUUAGGUUGUGGUUGGCUCGGUGAACGCUUCGGUGGUGAUGGCCCGGCCUCAAGAAAUGACUGCAGGCGACGAGUUUCCGAUUUAUGAAGCCCUGUCUCCAGUUAUCAUCUCUUGGCUUUCGGUUGUCGAUAAUUUCGUCUACGUUGUCGAGAAGGUAGAAAUCCGUUUCUGAAGGGAUUUGACUUUAGGUUGGGAAUCGGAACUUCAAAUUUGGAGCAUUAUUUUACAUCUUGUGCCUGGAUUUCUGCAGAAAUUCCAAAAAAUACUUGAAGAAUGUUUUAGAAAAGUUGAUUUUUGUGCUUUUUCCUACUCAUUUUUCGAAUGGUUUUUGUGUUGCUAGUCGUUUUUUCGAUUUUCAAACGCUAGAAAAUAGCGCUGUUAUGCCCUAAUUUGCGUAUUUUGCGGACUUUGAAGGUCCAUAACUCGAAAACUAGGGGGGUAAAAACGUUCCCUAGUGAAAGAAGCACACAAUUUUGAAAAUUCCACCUUUUUACCUGAAUUUUUUGCCCUCAAUGCUCUUAUUUUGAGCUCGCCCAUGACUUGGAGUGCUGGAGAAACGUCGCCAUGGCGAAAAUCUUGAAAUUGGCCCUCGAUUGUACCGAUGACAAAGUGGUUUGUUUGAAAAUAAAAAGUCAAAAAAGUACUGAUCCAUGAUUUUUAGGCGGUAAAAUGCGGGAAAAAUCGGAUGUUGGCUGUGAAAGUUUUGGGAAAACAUCAGGCCAGCUGCGCGUCUUGCCUCCUUCUCCACACGCUUUUCAGGUUAACCUGAUCGUUUUCCACAAUUUUAUUGAACUUUUCUGGUUUCAAGAUGGUUCGCCUAUUCACAAGCGGCGCCAAUCGCUCAGUGCUCCUCGAUAUGUAUCCGAAACGAAUUCGAGCCGUCGAGAACCAGAAAAACCGCCCUGAUGGCUUUGCUCAGCCAUUGGCAGCCCGAUAUUGGCCGACAUUUGAAGGUGCCUGAAAUCGGUCUGAAACUCAAUAGAAGUUAUGACGAACUAUUUGAAGGUUUUGAAAGUGGUUCUAUUGUUCGAGUUUUUCGAAGUUUCAUAGCUUUUUCCUUUGCAAAUUUUUCUCCUGAAUCCAAAAUUUUGAUUGUCGACUCUCAUUUAGAGGAACCAACGCUGUUAAAUCAUUUUUUGUUCCAAAAUUUCCCUUUAGUAAAAUAAAACUUGUAGUGGGAAAUUUUUUAGUGGCUACUAUAUUUCUUUGACGUUUUAGUGGCCACUGUAGUAGUCAAUUUAGUGGCCACUGUAGUAGUCAAAUUAGUGGCCACUUAAGAGGUUAACAAUUAGGGGCCACUAUAUAGGUCUAAGUGCUACUACUAGAGCACUAAAAGGUUUAGUGGCCACUUAAGGGGUCAAUGGAUCAACAUAACUGGUCCAAUCGGUUUGUUUUAAAAUUAUCAGAGUUACUGAAAGGAAUACUGAAUGAAAAACUACUGAAGUGGCCACUAAAUAGAUAAUUUCUAUAGUGGCUACUAAAACGGAAAAUGGUUGCCACUAUAGAGGUGGGUUUAGUGGUCACUUCAGUGUCCUCUCCAAGUAGUCCUUGGCGAGUCUCUAUAGUGGCCACUAAUAAUUUUUCCCAGUUUUUUGAAAGUGUCUGCGUUAUUUUCGAGUUUCAUCACUGUUUGGCUGUAGAAUAAGCUUGAAAUGUUGUCCUCGGCUCGUUCAACACUAAAAUAUCGAUUUAUCUUUUUUUUUUUCUCAAUGAGACUAGGCCCACUAGAUCAGAGUUUUCCGAUGUGCUUUAUUAAGAAAAAAAUUUUUUUUCACAUAUGCUUUGGAGAAAAUGAAUAGAAAAAUCCAAAAAAACCCCUAACUUUCUCAGCUUGUGUCCUACGACGAAGCAAGCAAGUUCAAAGUGAACCGAAUACCCGGAAAAAAGCGGGAGAACAGCGCUGACGAGAUUUCGAUCGACAGCAAAAAUGGGAAGAAAGAGACGAAGAAGGAGACGAAAAUCAUCGUUGAGGAACCAAAGUACUGAACUUCGGACGGAAGUUUCGGAUCCAAGAACUGCUUUAGGGGCCUUCGGAACUCGCUGGAAAAACUGACGCCGCCAAUGUUGAGGAGACGAGGCAAUCGGAAGAAAGGAGGGCAGGACGAGGAGGACGACGGCGGGGCCAUCCUGGAGGAGGGCUUCGACCAGACGCCCGGGCAGACCUACGUUCCGCCCGUUUUCAUCGAGAAGGUUCGUUUGGCAGUGGUCAAGGUUGAUUGGAUUGAAGGAAAAGCGUUUUGGGAAGAUUUAGGGCUGAUAAAAUAAAAAAUGCGACUUAUACAAGAUUUUUAACUUUUUGAACCGUUUUCAAACUUGAAACUUUUCCACCUGGAACCUAUCAAACCCUAGAGGGCCCACUAAAGCUUGCAGAAGUGGUCCCUAUAGGGAUUUCAGUUAGUGAUCCUGUAAAAACUCUUUUUAUGAACGCUAUGCGAAGAAGCAUUUUCAUGCAAAAAACUGAAUACAGAAACGUUUUUUUUUUUGGAAUAAAUUUAAAAGACCCCUAUAGGGUCCACUUGAGCUUGAGGGGCUUAGGGAUAAACCCCAUAUAGGGUUCAUCUUGAUUUUACCCCUAUAGGGACCACUUUUUCGUCCUCUAUAGGGGGAGGGGUGAAGUCAGGUUAGCGAAGGCAGUCAUCGUGUUGAAUCAGAAAGAAAGUCAGGAGCUUCUUUAAUUACAGCCUGAAACCGGGAGUGUUUUGAGUGAAAAUUUUGCAAUGUGAAUUUCCCAGAUGCACGCCGAGCACGAGGACAUGUCCCGAAAGAAGUUUGAAGAGUUCGACCGGAUGAUGGAGAUGGACGACGAGAGCAGCAACGACGGCACGUCGAGGAUGACCAACGCCCAGAACAACGAGCCCAAAGUGGACGAACAGAAGAGUUGCUCCAAAAAACCUCCCGGAAGACGUCAAAAGAACUUUCAGUGGACCUCUACACCUGGAUGCGCAACGCUCAGAAGGAGAAGCCGUACCGCGCCAAAGCCGCCGGCGAGAACAUCCUCUCGGAAGUGGACGCCGCCAAAGACUACGUCAAUCCGAUGGACAUCCAACAGAAGGCCUUCUUCUACUCCCUCUACAGAUGGGCCCGUCUGGAAUGGUUCGCCCUGGAUGACGUUGUCGUCGAUCGGAUCAGCAUGGAAUAUUCGGCGAUUCUGAAGGAGAUCGACGUCAAAAUGCUGGCCAAAAGGUGUGUUGAGGAGUACGGUGGGGGGUUUUUUGGGUUACUGUAGCAUUUAUUCAGAAUUUGACCGCGGAACUGUACCACAUUCAGAUUUCGACCUAAUCUCGAAUUUUUCUAUUGGAAGCUUUUCUAAUUCUACAUGUGUUCUUACUCAGAUAUUGAGAUUUUUGGUUACUGUAGAAGCUCAAGCUUACGGUAUUAAAAAUCAAUAGUCACAAAAAAUAAUUUUAUUUUUUAAUUGCGAUGAAACUUCAUCCAGUGUGAUACCCCAUCAUCAGAAAUGCGGACACAACUUUUUGAACCAUUCCCUCCUAUUGUAGCCGGGUUACGGUAGGUCAAUCACCACCUGCGUAUCUAAGAAUUAAUGAGUUUUUUAUGGGCGAGUUGUAUAUCAAUCGAUAGGUAUUGCAAUUUUGAAAAAAUUUUUAGUACAUUCAUUAUUAGGUUACUGUAGAAAUUUUUUGAGAUACGGUACUUUUUGUGUUUGGGAUGAUUUUCAUGGAGCUUUGAUCUAGUUGGAAAAGAGGAAGUCUUUUCAGUGUACGGUUUUUUCAUUGAAAAUUCCGAGACACUGUUGAUACGGCUACUGUGAUGAAAGGAUUACGGUAGGCAUUUUAAAAAUUGAUGUAGGAAUUUUUUCUAUGAGACAACUUUGAGGAAUCGUUUCAGUAGUCUAGGUGUUCUUUAUAAAAAUUGGUUUCUGUAAGGUUUUAGUUGGAAGAGAGCUUACUGUAGGCAAUACAGUAGGAUUUUUACAAUAAGGGGUGGCCCUAUUCGCUACAGUAUCCUUUCUCUUACAGUACCUUAGGUUCUUUCCUCUUUUUUUUUUGGAUUUUUCGAUAUUUUGGUCUUACAAGGAAGUUCUAGUGAUCCUAAAAAAAAAACCAACAUGGAAACUAGCUAAAAAUCCCACAGAGUUACCACGAAAAGAGUUUAUUGAUUCUUUAUGGAGCUCUUUUCAUUCAGAGUGAAAAGCUCAACGGAUCAGAGCCGUCAGUUCAUCACACCGGCUCAACAUCAAGUGAUGCUUCUCCGAAACGCCGUCGUCAGUGGACAACUACUUUGGCAACUGGAAAGAGAUGAGAAACGAAGGCUACCCUUGAGUGGCAAGGUUUUGAAAAGCCAGAACCGAAAAUUGACAGGAUUUUCAUUCCAGUGGACCGUCAACUACACGGGUAACGUGGAAAACGUCCGAUUUCUGAUCGGUCUCGCGACGGUUUCCCUUGGAAAGGAGCUGUCUUUGGUCCUUCAGGCGGCUUCUGAGGCUCAUGCCGAAAUGAAGAAACUUGUCGCGGUUGCCAGGGUUCGUAUAAAGGAGAAAAAUUAACAAAAGCGAGAGAGCGUUAGAGGCGAGGAGACGCAGAUUUAUCUCUUUCUCAGGCCUCUCUCGAGCUCUCACGAUCUAUGGCUCGUUAAGUAUGAGCUCUCUUUCUUUCGACACCUACUAUUGUUUCCGUAAAUAGAGUCCGUUUUUUUGCGACUUGAAAGGGCGGGACUUCUCUGCGCUCUCCUCGUCUCUGGGCGAACCUCUCAUGUUAACGUGCUAUUUUCAUGGUUCUCUGACCUUGCCGGUAUGGGAACAGAGAGACGCAGACACUCGAAAACUGUCGGACGGACUAUAUAGUCAAUAAAUAGAAAUCGAAAACUAAAAAUAAUUUGUGAGCUACAGAUUGCUUGAAAUGAGGAGACGCAGUAAUGUAUUUUUCUCGAACCUCUCUCUAGCUCUCAUGCUCUCUCGCUGAAAGUUCGAGGCCCAAUUUUUAAAUCAGUAAUUCUUCCCAAAUCAAGCUUGAAUUUUUGAAUUUCGCUAGAGAAGAAAAGGAGACGAUCGUUUGAGCUGAGAGAAGCAGAUUUCUUGAGUUUCAUUUGAUUUUUAAAACACGGUCGUUUCAAUUUUGAUGGACAUGUUUCAAACUCUCAAUACAUUAAAUUUAAGACCCCGAGAAUCAAUCGAAUGCCCCCGAUUGUCUACGCCCAAGCGGCUGAAUGGGACGAUAAGGUUUUACCCGAAAAAUAACACAUCUUCGUUUUUGAAUUCAUCAGGUUCUGGAAAUGACCCGUGACUAUGAGAAGCAUCUCCAAAGAAUGACGAAAAGCGAUCAGGAAGGUUUAUUCUUCAGAGAAAUAUGAUCUGAAGAAAAUUAUGGAUUUUCAGCCAAAGUUCAAACGGUUGUGAACGGAACGGUGAGUGUGACGUCAGUGAUGUUGGAGUCGAUGCUGACGGACCUCUACGUGUCCGUCAUGAUCCACAAAAUCGACCUGUCCCAGUCGAAACGGCCGCCCGAAGCGAUCCGCAGCCAAACUUCGGUGACGAACACUGGCGCCAAUGUCACCGCCUCACACGACGACAAGAAGGCCACGCUAACGGUAGGAAUGAAAGCAAAUGCGCUCCACGGACAAUCUCCAAGGAGAACUGGAAAAAUUGGCCAAGGAAGGCAGGAGCGCAUAAGAUUUUGACUUUGAGUAGGAUUUUUGAGUCAGAGAAUAUCUAGGAAGCUUGAAAGAAGAAUUUUGACGCGGCUAUUCUUCUGUAGGCCUAAAAAGUAAUAAUUUCCGAUUUUCAGAGGAAGCAAACGACUCCGAUCUCCGUCUCGGCCAGCCAUAUUGACGAUAUUUUGCUAUCUUUGUCGUAAGUUUCUCUGAAAAUUGAGCUCAAAGGAGAAGAAGCUUCCUCCUGAGUAGACACCUGAUAGGAGAAGCUGAAAUACAAGGGGUGUCCUCAAGCAAAAUUGACCUCGUGUAGUCCAUUUGAAUGACGAGACCGUCAAAAAGCAAGGGCCUUCCGAAGAAAAAGUCACUGAGCUAUUACUAUUGGGUCGGUAGGGGGCUGAUUAGGUUUUUUGGAAAGCCGAAGACUCUUUUUACAAGAUUUCUGAUUGAAAAUCGACUUUUUUAUUUGAAAAUAUGAUUUUUCGAAUCUGACGCAUACAUGGGAUGAGCAUGACUGGCAACAUUUUUCUUUUUUCCGAUUUAUUUAUUUAUUUAUUUAUUUCUCACUCAAACACAAAAAUACAAAUACAGAACAGAAAGUAGUAUUUCCGAUCACUUUUAACUAAGAAAAAAUCGCUUCUGCUAACCAAAUGAACCUUGUAAAAUGAGCCGUUAUUUAUUUUUUUACCUUAUUUUCGGAUUCAGCACCAUCGAAUUAGUCUAGCUCGACCUUUCAAUGCCAAAUGUUGGGCGAAUAGGCUCUAGAGAGUUACUUGGUACCUGAGGCCAACCUUCCGCCCUUUUUCAGGUCCCACCAAGAUUAUCCCAUGUAUGAUAUGAAGAGAACAAUUUCCAUUUUCACGAUUUUCGGUUUUUUGCUCACAAGUCUGGUCUGACUCAAGCAAAUACGUUCUGCUCCCAGGAAUGAGUUACUGCAGAGCUAUUUCAAAUCUGUGCGAAGUUUCAAGUCAUUUGAUGCACUUUCAGAGAAGUUAUGCUCGAAUAACCACUUGGAAAUACCUUUAUAGCCAGUACUAUUAGAACCAGAUUGACCUAAUCACCAUGAAUGUUUUUUUCCAGCCGAGCUUCGCUAACCCUGAGCGAAGCGGACAGCGCCAGCAAGAAAUCCGACAUUUUCCGCUGCACUCUGAACACGAGCAGCUUGAACUUCUACCGACGGCUCAAGUCGAACUCGGUGCGGAACAAGCAGCCCAAAAACGCCAAGGGAGACGGAAGAAAUUCGAAGAUCGAGACGUGGAUCACGCUGAAAUUUGGCGCGUUGGAUGGGGUCAUGCCGAUGGCGGCUCAUUCUCUGCACGAUGUCGUCAUGAGGCAUGGCAAGGAGGUGGGCUCGAAAAAUAGCCGUGCGGAAUGGGCUCCGAAAACAGCCGUCGCAAUGAAAAUUUGGCCGCAAAAAAUAACCAGAAUUUUUCUGUUUGAAAGCAGAGCCGUGCAGAACUCUAAAGUUCCAAAAAUAGGAUAUCCAAGCUUCAAAAAUAGCCUUCAGAUCUUAGGAAUUCCAGAGUGAUCCCUAUAGGGAUUAAGGGAAAAACAGCCCCUAUGUGGGACAAAAAAGAAGUGCCUACAGGGGUCCUUCAAUUUUGUGAUCUGACUGAAAGUUUGAAAGAUAAACUUGAUCGAUUUACCCUCUGUUAUCAUUUUUAAAGUGGUCCCUAGAGGGACUCUAAGGUUUCCCCUAUAGGGACCACUCUAGAGUUUCUAAGAACCCCUUGAGAAAAUUUUUUCAAGAAUAGCCGCAUAGGAAAAAAUACUUCAAAAUGAUUUUUUCUCAAGCUUUUUUUUUUGGGUGGAAAUAAUAGUUGAAAUAAAUCACAUUUUGCAUGAAAUUCCAGCUGGAACAGCAACUGAACCGACUGGCGGCUCAACCGGCUGGAACCACGCCAACAACGACGCCGACCGUCGACUCCGCCACCGUUCUCAAACCGAGGAGCAGUGUUCAGGAGGAGGUAUUGGGGAGCAUCACCUGAGAUCCUUUCCUAGAUCGGAAGCUUAUUUGAGCUUCUAGACUUCGAAAUGAAAAAUCGGAGUGUGCAGGCUCCUUAUUCGGACUUGAUAUCAGUACAAAGUUUUUUUUUCUUGCAAGUUUGACAUCUAAACUUGGGCUUGUGCUCUUGGCAAUAGAUUUUUUGAACCUCAAGCUGAUCCCAGUCAACGGAACUACCCCUAGAACCUCAAACAUCUUCAGAAUCUUUCCCAGGAAUCGACCCAGAAGCCCACGCCCCAACAGUCGAUGCCACCGUCGCACGAGGCCUUCUCGAUUCUUCAGCCGAUUCCGGCGACCUCCUCGACGACCACCGCUUUGUUCUCACACCGACGGACGCCUUCCGCCGCCUUCCCUCAUCCCCAGCAGUUGGCUCUGAACAGAAGAACUCCCAUCGCUGUGGUCAACUUUGUUCUGGAUGUGAGUAGUGAAGAUAGAACGGAUUAUACUCAUUUAGCCAUUCCAAAUGCGACCAGGGUGUUCCAACUCAUAAAAAACCAGCUUCUGGACUUUGAUGAACUCAAAAUUACAAGUUUCAGGUCGCCAGCAUCGAAAUGAACAUCCAGCUUCUGCCGAGCCUCCAGGCCAAGUACCGGAUCAACAGGGCUUCAAGCGCCGGCGUCACCGGAAACCAGGCCAACUGGAACGUCAUCAUCGAUGAGCACUUCUUCGAGUUUUGCGUGACGGCGAUGAGCGGCCAAACGGAGACUUUCCGGCUUCAAUUGCCCUCCGUCAAGUGCUUCGGAAAAUAUACGGUGAGAAUCAUCGAUGGGCCAAUUUCUUCUUCGGUAUUUUCUAAGACUUGAAAAUCAUGCUGAAGAGAAGUUUGGGCUGAAAAUCCCACCCCGGCCUUUUGCGAGAGAAAAAAUGUUCCAAAAUGUAAUAAGUUUGCGGUGGGAUUCCAGAGUGGCCCCUAUAGGGGAUCAGGGGAAAACAGCUCCAAGUUCAUAGAAAAUAUCGACUAACUCGUCCCCUAUAGAGGCCACUAAUAAAAACCCCUAUAGGGACCACUUUUGCAAGCUUCAGUGACCCUUGAAGGGUUUAGUGGUCCCUAGAGACGACCCUCGAAGGGCCCUAAGGUUGCUCCUAAAAGGACCACUCUUCCUCCCCACAGUGGGAUCCAGCCGAAGUAUGUAGAAAAAUCCGUUCCAUUGAUAAAUCUGGAAAAUGUUCGAGUUUUCCAGGUCGAACAAGGUACCGACAAGAACAAGCCGAGCACUGAUAAGAAGCUCUUGUACAGGGAGGGCGGAUUUUUGCAGACUACCGUCGUUUUGGGUUUUUUUCAAGGAAAUGUAGGGAAAAAAUCAGAAAUUGAAGGCCAUGUCAAUCAUACUUUCACCACGGACUUGCUCAACCAGCUGCUCUUCGCCGAGCAGUCGUUCCGAUCUGAAUUCACCUCCUUGAUUAAUCGGUUAGUUUUGGCAGGGGGUCAAGGAAAGAGACUUUAAAACUUCAUAUUUUGAAAGUCUUGAAGUUGCUAAACGCGUAGUGGUGAGGGGAUAAAUCAAAGAAAAUGGACAAAUUUUGAAAAAUAGCCUUUGGGGAGAUCGAACUAAACCUCACUAUAAUGAUUAAAAAUUCAUAAUUAUUGACGGAAAGGCCUUUUGAGUUUGGCUUGAAGCGAUGCGGUUGCGUAGCGGAUCAAAAAUACCUUCUUUGGAAUGGCUUGCGGUUUUAAAGUUUUGCUUGACAACGGACGUGUCUUGAGCGUUUCAAGUGACCACUUUAGUAGCGUCAGCACUCUUAAGUGAUCCCUUGAAUUGCCCAGAAAUGUUCGGAGCACGUCCGUUUCGCGUUACCAAUGUCCGAGUACGCAAAACGGACCUGCCGGGCGUUUCUAGUGACCACUUUAGUAGCGUCAGUGCUCUUAAGUGAUCCCUUGAAUUGCCCAGAAAUGUUCGGAGCACGUCCGUUUCGCGUUACCAAUGUCCGAGUACGCAAAACGGACCUGUCCGGGCAUUUCUAGGGACCACUUUAGUAGCGUCAGUACUCUUAAGUGAUCCCUUGAAUUGCCCAGAAAUGUUCGGAGCACGUCCGUUUCGCGUUACCAAUGUCCGAGUACGCAAAACGGACCUGCCGGGCGUUUCUAGUGACCACUUUAGUAGCGUCAGUGCUCUUAAGUGAUCCCUUGAAUUGCCCAGAAAUGUUCGGAGCACGUCCGUUUCGCGUUACCAAUGUCCGAGUACGCAAAACGGACCUGUCCGGGCAUUUCUAGGGACCACUUUAGUAGCGUCAGUACUCUUAAGUAAUCCCUUGAAUUACACAGAAACGUUCGGAAGACGUCCGGUUCGCGUUACCUAUUUCCGAGUACGGAAAAAUGGACCGGUCCGGGAAUUUCUAGGGAUCACUUUAGUAGCGUCAGUACUCUUAAGUGAUCCCUUGAAUUGCCCAGAAAUGUUCCGAGCACGUCCGGUUCGCGUUACCUAUGUCCGAGUACGCAAAACAGACCUGUCCGGGCAUUUCUAGGGACCACUUUGGUAGCGUCAGUGCUCUUAAGUGAUCCCUUGGAUUACACAGAAACGUUCGGAAGACGUCCGUUUCGCGUUACCUAUGUCCGAGUACGCAAAACAGACCUGUCCGGGCAUUUCUAGGGACCACUUUAGUAGCGUCAGUACUCUUAAGUGAUCCCUUGAAUUACACAGAAACGUUCGGAGCACGUCCGUUUCGCGUUACCAAUGUCCGAGUACGCAAAACGGACCUGCCGGGCGUUUCUAGUGACCACUUUAGUAGCGUCAGUGCUCUUAAGUGAUCCCUUGAAUUGCCCAGAAAUGUUCGGAGCACGUCCGUUUCGCGUUACCAAUGUCCGAGUACGCAAAACGGACCUGUCCGGGCAUUUCUAGGGACCACUUUAGUAGCGUCAGUACUCUUAAGUAAUCCCUUGAAUUACACAGAAACGUUCGGAAGACGUCCGGUUCGCGUUACCUAUUUCCGAGUACGGAAAAUGGACCGGUCCGGGAAUUUCUAGGGAUCACUUUAGUAGCGUCAGUACUCUUAAGUGAUCCCUUGAAUUGCCCAGAAAUGUUCCGAGCACGUCCGGUUCGCGUUACCUAUGUCCGAGUACGCAAAACAGACCUGUCCGGGCAUUUCUAGGGACCACUUUGGUAGCGUCAGUGCUCUUAAGUGAUCCCUUGAAUUACACAGAAACGUUCGGAAGACGUCCGUUUCGCGUUACCUAUGUCCGAGUACGCAAAACAGACCUGUCCGGGCAUUUCUAGGGACCACUUUAGUAGCGUCAGUACUCUUAAGUGAUCCCUUGAAUUACACAGAAACGUUCGGAGCACGUCCGUUUCGCGUUACCAAUGUCCGAGUACGCAAAACGGACCUGCCGGGCGUUUCUAGUGACCACUUUAGUAGCGUCAGUGCUCUUAAGUGAUCCCUUGAAUUGCCCAGAAAUGUUCGGAGCACGUCCGUUUCGCGUUACCAAUGUCCGAGUACGCAAAACGGACCUGUCCGGGCAUUUCUAGGGACCACUUUAGUAGCGUCAGUACUCUUAAGUAAUCCCUUGAAUUACACAGAAACGUUCGGAAGACGUCCGUUUCGCGUUACCUAUGUCCGAGUACGCAAAACGGACCUGCCGGGCGUUUCUAGUGACCACUUUAGUAGCGUCAGUGCUCUUAAGUGAUCCCUUGAAUUGCCCAGAAAUGUUCGGAGCACGUCCGUUUCGCGUUACCAAUGUCCGAGUACGCAAAACGGACCUGCCGGGCGUUUCUAGUGACCACUUUAGUAGCGUCAGUGCUCUUAAGUGAUCCCUUGAAUUGCCCAGAAAUGUUCGGAGCACGUCCGUUUCGCGUUACCAAUGUCCGAGUACGCAAAACGGACCUGUCCGGGCAUUUCUAGGGACCACUUUAGUAGCGUCAGUACUCUUAAGUAAUCCCUUGAAUUACACAGAAACGUUCGGAAGACGUCCGGUUCGCGUUACCUAUUUCCGAGUACGGAAAAUGGACCGGUCCGGGAAUUUCUAGGGAUCACUUUAGUAGCGUCAGUACUCUUAAGUGAUCCCUUGAAUUGCCCAGAAAUGUUCCGAGCACGUCCGGUUCGCGUUACCUAUGUCCGAGUACGCAAAACAGACCUGUCCGGGCAUUUCUAGGGACCACUUUAGUAGCGUCAGUACUCUUAAGUGAUCCCUUGAAUUACACAGAAACGUUCGGAAGACGUCCGUUUCGCGUUACCUAUUUCCGAGUACGCAAAACGGACCUGUCCGGGCAUUUCUAGGGACCACUUUGGUAGCGUCAGUGCUCUUAAGUGAUCCCUUGAAUUGCCCAGAAAUGUUCCGAGCACGUCCGUUUCGCGUUACCUAUUUCCGAGUACGGAAAAUGGACCGGUCCGGGAAUUUCUAGGGAUCACUUUAGUAGCGUCAGUACUCUUAAGUGAUCCCUUGAAUUGCCCAGAAAUGUUCCGAGCACGUCCGGUUCGCGUUACCUAUGUCCGAGUACGCAAAACAGACCUGUCCGGGCAUUUCUAGGGACCACUUUAGUAGCGUCAGUACUCUUAAGUAAUCCCUUGAAUUACACAGAAACGUUCGGAAGACGUCCGGUUCGCGUUACCUAUUUCCGAGUACGGAAAAUGGACCGGUCCGGGAAUUUCUAGGGAUCACUUUAGUAGCGUCAGUACUCUUAAGUGAUCCCUUGAAUUGCCCAGAAAUGUUCCGAGCACGUCCGGUUCGCGUUACCUAUGUCCGAGUACGCAAAACAGACCUGUCCGGGCAUUUCUAGGGACCACUUUGGUAGCGUCAGUGCUCUUAAGUGAUCCCUUGGAUUACACAGAAACGUUCGGAAGACGUCCGUUUCGCGUUACCUAUGUCCGAGUACGCAAAACAGACCUGUCCGGGCAUUUCUAGGGACCACUUUAGUAGCGUCAGUACUCUUAAGUGAUCCCUUGAAUUACACAGAAACGUUCGGAAGACGUCCGUUUCGCGUUACCUAUUUCCGAGUACGCAAAACGGACCUGUCCGGGCAUUUCUAGGGACCACUUUGGUAGCGUCAGUGCUCUUAAGUGAUCCCUUGAAUUGCCCAGAAAUGUUCCGAGCACGUCCGUUUCGCGUUACCUAUUUCCGAGUACGGAAAAUGGACCGGUCCGGGAAUUUCUAGGGAUCACUUUAGUAGCGUCAGUACUCUUGAGUGAUCCCUAGAACUACUCAGGAACGUCCGGUUCGCGUUAGAAAUGUCCGAUACUUUUCGAGCGUACCUGGAAGUUCCUCAGAGCGCAGAUUCCCAAGCGCUUUCCCUGAAACUUUUUCUGAUAAUUGGUCUUAAUCAGAAUCCGACCAUCGGUUAGUCCCUCACGUCCGCAAAAAUCGGAAGCGACGACGGCUGACGACCCAGCCGCGGCAGCUGCUCCAGCCUCGAAGCCUCCGCUUCUCUUCUCCAUCAAGUUAAAUACGAAAGAUGUGGUAUCAAGAGGAAGAGAGAGAAAUAUCACGAUGAAAUCCUCAGAAAAUGGGCAAAGAAGUGACCCCGUGGCUCCAGUUGACGGCGUCGACGCCAACCCACACGGCUGUCAGAUUCACCAUCGACAAUCUGGAGGGCGAACUGACCAAUAAAUGGGUGAGAAUCUGGGGAUUCAGAAGAUGAAUUGGCAAGAAAAAAUUAGUUUUUUUCCACGCACGUGAAAAUGGUGUAUGUAAGAAAUGUUUCCUCGAAUUUUUCUCGUGGCACUUUAAGAAAAAACUUGCAGUUUCCCUAAAGCCUUGAAAAAGUCUGAAAUUCAUCAUUCAGCUUCAUUUGGAAUUGAUGCUUUGAACUCGGAUAAAUGACAGCCUUGUGAAUAUUCUAGUAUAUAAAAAUUCGAUUAUUCAAUCUUCCAAAAAAAAAAAUGGAAGUUUCAUUAAAAAGCUCAGUUUUUGAAAUAUAGAGAUUUUUUUAUAAUUCAUUUUUUUGUCCGAAAAAUCUGAACCAUUUUUUUGGCUCAGUUUUUGAAGAACAAUUUCUAUUUAUUGGCACUUUUUUGAGCCAUUCACAUCAGUUUCUUUCGUGCUAAAUAUCAUUCUUCGAUUUUUCAACGCCUAUUUUUCCUUGUGAAUGAAGGAAAUGGUAUUUUAAAAAAAUCUGGGCCGGUUUUGUAUAGAAAACAUUGGUAAAGUCGGAAAAAGUGGAAAAGGCUUUUAGGGAUGUUCCCUUUUUGAUGCCUUUUUGCAUCAUUUUAUCGGCCCUUAUGCACCAUUUUUGCUGCCUUUACCUUUUCAAACCAUUUCUCGAGCCUAAAUCCCAGGAAAAUUGGAAGGCUCGAUAAAGGGGCCUUUUUCUGCCAUUUUGCUGCCUUUCUGCGGCCUUUUUUGUGCCUCUUCCUUUUAGCGGCCAUUAUCUACCAUUCCGACUUUGCCCGCGUAUUUUCUUCAUCAUAUUUUGAGAGUAUUGCUAUAAACUAAAGUUUCUUUCUUUCAAGAUGCCGGAGAAAUUCAGGUGGUGAAAGAAGAAGGGUCCAAAGAGCGAAUUUACGGAAACGCUGUUGUUCAUUUCAAUGCCAAAUUGGGACAGCUGGUCAAGGUUUCAAUACAAUUUGUUUUUGUAUCGAAUCUGAAUUCUUUCUAGGCCGCUCAAUAUGAUGAAGUGUCGCCGGAGCUCCAAGAAUAUGCCACUUUUAUGACCCAGGUGCUAGAGAUUCCAAAUAAACAUAUAAUUGGAAGUUUUCCAGGUUCGCGUCGAGAACAAGGACAGGAACAUGCUCAACUCUUCCUAUUCUUAUCAUAUUUCUCUGAAUCGACCCAUUUUGCUCGUCAAAGCCAACGCCAUCGACAAGGCGAUCCUUCUCUGGCUCAACUACAAAAAUACCUACGAUUAUUGGAGAUCCGAGAGAAAUAAGGUGUCUUUUUUUGGGAGGCAUGUGACAGGGUAGCUUGGGAAAAUGGCCUCAGAAUGAGCAGUUCAGAAAAAAAAGAAAGUGGAAAAAAUUUCAGGGAGAGUAGCUUGUCAAAAAACAUUUUAAAAAAUAGUUCAGAGAAAAAAGGCUUGAAAAAAAAAUCUGUGCAGAAAAACCGCAACGGGCGCUCGACGUUGGUGAAAGUGUGCUCCAUGGAUAAAUGGUUUUUUGCCCUUUUUUCAGUUUGAUUAGAGUAUAUAGUUUUUUUUUGAUUUUGAAUUUCAUGUCAUUGCUCAAAACUCCGCCCCUUAUGCGUAGAAUAAACCAAUCCGAUCCACAGAGCGUUUUUAGGGGCGGAGUUUGGCGAAAAGUAGGAUAAAAUAUUUUAUGCACGAGUUGAAACAGAAAAAAGACGAAAUAAAUAUGAUUUUUGAAGGAAUUUUCUUUCGCUUAAAAAUUAGAUUAUUCCCCCGGAAGUACUGGAAGUUGGAACAACGGAAAAAUGAGAAAUAUACGGAAAAAAAAUGAAAAAAGUUCAUCCGUGCAGCACAGUUUCCUCAAACUUGAGCGUCUUUUUAUAUUUUCUUGACUUGAACUAUUACGGUUAUUUUUUCCUAGCCAGUCUUUCACAAACAUUUUUUUGUAAAAAAAAGAGAAUAAUAAAAAAAAAUUGGAGGUGGUCCAAGAGGUGAAGAUCAAGCAGGAGCCGUCGCAGAACACAGUCUUCUCGCCGCCGAUCCAAGACGUCGACAUGAACCUGUCGUUGGCCAUCAACAACGGCAUGUACAUGUGCAUGCCGUUGUACACUUGCGAUGUCACUGAGGGAAUGCCCGCCUUGGUCAUCUCCUUGCAGGUGAGCAAGGAGGAAAACGGGAGAUGGGUCAAGUAGAAGUAGAGCUCGGGAGAAAAUGCGAAGCUAAAACAAAGUGGGCGGAGUCGAAACCUCUGCCGUUCCCAGGUGACGUCAUGGGAAGACGACCGUAUUGCCAAAGGUCUUUGAGAAGAACCGAAUUCCCUCAAUAAAAGAAUUUUUUCUGCGCGGAAGCGGUGCGGUGCAUGCACACGACACACGAAACUUUACGGAGAAAAAGUGGGCGUGGCUUCGUCGAAUAAACGCCUGAAAAAAAUUAUAGUCAAAAAUGCGCUCUAUGGACAAAAUGAACAGUUUUAAGGUUCUUAGAGAAGUUAUGACAUAGUAAAAAAAAAGAUUAUUUCAAACUAUUUCUUGAAAAUUUCAUGAGUGCGUCUUUAAUAAAACAAAGAUUUUUAAGCUGCGCCUUUAAAAUGACGGAACUUUCGAAGCUGCGCCUUUGAAAUGACGGAACUUUCGAAGCUGCGCCUUUAAUAUAACGGAAAUUUUCUGUCUGCGCCUUUAACAAAACCGAAAUGUUCAGUCUGCGCCUUUAAUAAAACCGAACUUUUCUCAAAAACCGUAAUUGAAUUUGCGCUCCAUAGCUAAAAUGCACGAUUUUAAGGAUCCUAGAAAAGUUAUGAACCAUUUAAGAAGCCAUAACAGAUAAAAAAAUAUCAAUUUGUUAGGAAUCUUGAUCAUAUUUUAAGUGAGAAAAAAACCUUUGAUUUCUCUUUGGACCUGGUAAAGUUCCGCUGCCUUUAUUGUUUUGAGUAUCGUACUGAACUUUUUGGAAAAAACAACUUUAACAGGUUUUUGUGAACAAAAAAUGUUUUCCACCUGAAAUUCGAUUUGGUUUUUCUCGAUUCCUUCAAAAUUUCUUGAGGCUUUUAUUGCUUUGCAGAAAAGCGAGCUUUCCGUGCUGGUAAAACGGGAACUCUCUUGCAAAGCGUCCUUUGAAAGCUUCAAACUCAGUUUCAUCGAUGACUUUGACGAGCAGGUGAUUUGAAAUGGAAAUAUUCGAUUUUUUGUGGAUUUUCCAGGCCUUGUCGGAGAGCUUCCGAGAAGCGACCGGCAGCAUGCAGACCAACUAUUUCUACUUCCCUCAAGGGAGAUACACUCUCUGUUCGAAGGUAUUUCUAGAGUUUUCAAGGGGCAAACUUAGGUUAUCAAGGUCUUUUUCUUAAUUAUUAACAUUGAAAAAAAAAACUUAAAAUUAAUAUGCUUUUCUAGGUUGCAAAUGAAUACCGCACAGGACUAAAAAUUAGUAUUUUUUUUUUGUCUCGAAUUAAAUGAAUUUUAACUUUUCCUUUUCCUCCUACUCGGACCUUGGUAACGCGAAUCGGACGUGUCGGGGCAUUUCUAGUGGCCAUUUUAGCAGCCUCAGCACUCUUAAGUGAUCCCUAGAAUCACCCAGAAACGUCCGUUUUGCGUUACCAAUGUCCGGGUAAUAUCCAAGAUCUUUUAACCUUUACUAUUAGAGCAAAGGUUGCCAAAACUUUUCUAGGGGUCUUAUGGAAAGCCCUGAGAAUAUCAAUAGAUUUUCGAGUACCCCAUUCGGAGUUCUAGACUCUUUGAAUCGGUGCCCCCGACUCGCAACGGCUUGCGCGAUUUUGUAUGCUCUGUCGUGA